AUGACGUCCUUUGUGGACGAUUCGCUCGCUGAUGCGAGAAGCGUGGAUAGCGAGAGAAGCUGGAGCUUGAAGCCGCUCAUCCGCCAUGCUCGGCGCUCGCAUAGCAAGAUGCCUGGCAUACGCAAGAUCCCUCUUCGUGCGAUCGGCAUAAUUACCCUUAUUGCGCUUUUGAACUGCAUUGCAUGGGUUGCUGCUGCAAUUGUAUUGCGUUUUCAUCCGACGAUGGUGUCUACUGCUGUUCUCGCAUAUACUCUUGGAUUGAGACAUGCGUUCGAUGCUGAUCAUAUCUCUGCCAUCGAUUUGAUGACACGACGACUACUUGCAACUGGUCAAAAACCAGUCACCGUCGGAACUUUCUUCUCUCUUGGCCAUUCGACAAUCGUCAUCAUCACAUCCAUCGUCGUCGCAGCAACUGCUGCAGCUAUUUCCUCCAAAUUUGACAGCUUCAGCACCAUCGGCGGGAUCAUCGGUAGCUCUGUUAGCGCUGCGUUCCUGAUUUUGCUCGGGAUUAUGAAUGCGUACAUUCUCUACAAGCUGAUCAAGCAAAUGCAGAAGGUUUUCAGCUUAUCCGAGGACCAAGCCGACGAAGCCUGGAAAAUUGAAGGCGGGGGCGUUCUAUUCUCCGUUCUCAAGAAGAUGUUCAAAUUGAUCGAUCGACCAUGGAAAAUGUACCCGCUCGGAAUCCUCUUCGGACUGGGCUUUGAUACCUCGUCCGAGGUCGCUCUCCUCGGAAUUUCUUCCGUCGAAGCGGCAAAUGGGACAUCUUUCUGGGUAAUUCUCAUCCUUCCGGCACUUUUUACCGCGGGAAUGUGUCUCCUCGAUACCAUCGAUGGAGCCCUCAUGUUCUCGCUCUACAUCCAGCCCUCCGCCAACUUCCUCCCGCCGAAGCGCGACAGCGUAAUCCCCGAUAAUGCAUCAGAGACGCCAGAGAAUGAACUUCCCCAAUCUCACGACAAUCAUCGGGACCCAAUCGCCUUCUUGUAUUAUUCAAUUGUGUUGACCACUUUGACGGUCAUCGUGGCCAUCGUGAUUGGCGUGAUUCAGCUGCUCACCAUGAUCUUGAAUGUAACCGACGCCAAAGGCAAGUUCUGGGAUGGCGUGCAGGUCGCAGGCGAUUACUAUGAUGUGAUCGGUGGGGGUAUUUGUGGUUGCUUCCUUGUCGUUGGCGUACUGAGUGUACUGUGUUAUAAGCCGUGGCGCCGAUGGAUGGAUAGGCGCCAUGGAAAAACUGUGGUUUCAGACGAAGAGCGCUACCGAGACGGCGCUCUCGAGUCUGGUGAUGACACUGGUAUUGUUGCCCACAAUGCUGGGAGUCGUGUUGAGCGUGGGCAGACCGAGGUUGUUGGCAAGGGCGGUUCGCAACUUACGGUGAAAGCCCCCCAUGAGCCCCACAUCGAGGAGGAGAUUGUCCGAAUGGGUUGA